AUGGCAGACGGUAGAGUUUUCGACGUUCGUUUAUUUCCAUGUUUGUGGAUUAUUGUUCAUCUCGCAGCAGCAAACGGUGAGAUCACAGAAAAGCUAUCAUUUUCAUCAAUUGCUUUUAAGAGGAAAUGCAAUUUUAAGCGCAUAAUGCUGCUAAAACGAAGUGCUUUAAUUAUUAUAUUGAUUAGAAAUUAACUCGACAAGCUUGCUUUCGUAGGAGAUCGAUGGAAACUGAAGUCAGAAGUUCUGUAUGACACACGAUUCACUUCACAAAACAGUCUGAACACGUUAUCAUACUAAUUGUGAUUUGUUCGAGAGGAAAAGAAGCGAAUUUAUCUUUUUUCAAAAUAAGUUUGCAGAUUAUGUCGUUCAUGCAGAUCAAGCGGUUUUAUCGUUUAAUUGGACACCGGGCGAGAGCACGAUAAACAAAUUUAAACGUUAACGAGCUGAUUGCAUUGGAUUAAGUUGUCAUUUAAUCUAUUCUGUUCAAAAUGUGUUGCCGGUGAAAUAUUUUCACUCAAGACUAAAACUUAAAACCAAUCGGUAAAAUUGUGAAAUAAAAUAUCAAAGAUAUUAGGGUUUUAGAGAGCCUGUUCCGUGUUUUACAACCAAUGUAUGGCGUAAAAUAAAGCUAUUUUUGGACACGCCAAAUCAGAAUUGCCGGUUUCAUUAUUAAAAUGUUUUAAAAGGUUGUAAGAAACAAAAGACCUAUGGCCAAGUUCGAAACGCAAGGCGUCUUGUCGAUAGUCAUUCGAUAUUUCUGUCAAAUUUGAAUUCGCAAAUUCCCAUUUAUACUGGCUGAAGAGCACGAUCAACUUUACAUAAGCAGAAAGUUCCGUAUCUUUCAAAAAUCAGACACGUUUUCAUUUUCAACUGCGAUAAGUUUAGAAUUCAUCAUGAUAAGUUUUUUUUCCAUCAAGCAAAACAUUGCUAAGAACAUCAUGGCCUUAAGUUCAAUUUCUUGAAAUGACCUAAUUGAAAAUAUUGCUACAAUCUUUACAGGAACUCUUAUGCCUGGCGUAUGCUGGUUUCGUCACGAAUUUGACAUAAACACAAUGAAAAACAAGGAAAAACUACCUAGCAACAAGUCUAACCACAGUUUUUGGGAUUAGCACACAUCGCUACAGACGGAUUAAAUUUAAGGUCAUGCGGGACUGGACUUAAAGUUGUCAGAAUUUAAUAAGGACGACGAGUUGGGAAAUGAAAUGUUAAACAUCAUAGUUAUAUUUUUGCUUGAAUGCCAAAUACUAAUUAUUCAAAAUUAGGAUAUAUUAUACAGGCACUGUUUGUUCGAAGCUUAGCUCACGUUAUCCACUGGAUAAACCUCUAUUCGUUGAAUAACGCUAUACGUUUUCUCUCACUUAUCCGCCAGAUGGCGGUUUAUCCGUUGGAUGGCGUUAUCUGCCCUUUAUGACGACUUGGCCAAGGUGAAUAGUGCUUUACGAGCUGAUUGGCUAGUUCGAGAAUAUUUACCACCGGGCAGCCGAAGAGACAAAAUCGUGUAUCAAGAAUUUAAUUUCCAACCAUUGCUCGGUUCAUUGACAGAAAUAAAUAAAUUUUUGGUUUCUGUGUGGUACAUACUAAAACAAUGAUUCACCUCUGUGUCGUUUCAAGUGAUGAAUAUUCACCUCCGGUUCGGUAAAUAAUUGUUAAUCAUAUGUCUCACAAACAUCAACCGUGCCAGUAUUACUUAACACUUCAGUCAUUAUCAUACUACGAACAGUGAUUCCCAUUACGCAUAAAUCAUUCCGAAGGUUGGUAGCCAAGCAGUCGGUCAGUAAGUCAGUUGGUCAAAGGUCAUUCAAUUAGUCAGUCAGUUUUUUGGCACUCUAACUUCUAAACCUAACACAAUAUUUUCUUUUUUCAAACAGAGAGACUUUCGUUGGACACGAAUCUAACACGAAAAGAAAUCACCACCAUCUUGAGACGUCCCGUUAAUCUUGGAUGCUACGUGAACAAAAAAAACUAUGCUAAGUCUUUGCAGACUGAGGCCUCGUCUCUUGUUAGCUAUGUCUGGUUAAAGGAAAACAAAAUCAUAACCCGGAUCAACAACUCAAGCGAUCGCGCCAGUGUCUUAGUUGUAACUCCAAAAGACGAUUCAGAUUUUGGCACCUACCGGUGUAACGUCACAAAUGGUGUCUCUAGAACUCAAUGUAGUAUUGAACUGAAGCGAGGAUGGACAAAGAUGGGUUAGUUUCAUACAUUCAUGCUUAGCUUUAUCACUCUCAAAGUUAUUAAUCAUUUGAACUACCACCUAGAAAGUGUGAUUUUCAAUUUGAUUAUGUUUAAAAGCCUUGAAAAAUACUAAGAAACUUCUACAGCAUCAUAACUUAACUCUUAAAAAACCAUAUCCAGUGAGAAUUAUCAAAAAUUAGGACACGUGUGGUGAAUUCAGUCUCGAAACUGAUCUCUUGGGUCGUGCCACAUUUUUCCAGGAAACGAUAAUUUGGAUCCGCAGUAUUUUCUUUCUAGAAAACCAUUCCACCCACAACUGCACACCCAUACACAUCUUUUGGGACACCAACUGCCUCCUCUGCCCCUCUCAAUGUUAGUAUGCAACAUGGCGUAGAUACAUUGAUAAUUAACAAAAUUUGUAGAUGAGCAGGGCGAUAGAACAUAGACGUCGUUCUGAAGAAGUUUCCCUGAUAAUUAUGUGUAGGAGUGCCAAGUUAUUCUAGGAUACCCUAAUUCUGAUCCGCGUUUAUUUACUUUCCAGAAAGCGUUCCUCUCACGACUGGAUGUGUAAACAUUUCGCUGCUGAUGCCAGUAUUAGCAGUUGCCGUAUUAUCAUUGUUGUUGGUCAUUCAUCUUUUGAUAAAAAAAAAGAACACAAAGAAAGCUGCACCAGAAACUUCGGAGCAGGAGUUUGAACGACACAACAAAACGUCGGUUACCCAUCCUCAUGCCCAACAACGCAUGGAAACGAGAAAAUUAUCGAGGGAUCUUCUUUACAAUAGCUUUGCAGAUGGAGAAUCAAACACAAAAGAGUCAAAACCAGAGGUGGUAUCGGUCGAAAUGCACGUCGGAGGAGAAUUUCAUAGCACGCCUAACGGCAGACUAGGAUCAGCUGGUAACCUCAGACGGGAGCGACCGAAAGGCUUUUACAACAAAUCCUUGCGAAACGUACCGCAUGUUUCAGAGGAUGGAGAAACAACUCCGAAGGACAUCGGAUUUUAUAAUGCAAAUUUCAGAAACGAGUCUAUGGAUAGCGGUCUCGACUAUUCCCGCACGGUCUCACCAAACACGAGCUUCGACGAAACCUCCUUGGCUGACGAGAGCACAGUAAAAGGAUAUUACAAUAAAACAUUUAAAAACAACUCCACGGAAGAUGAUGGUGCUGAUGAUGUCUUUGCCAAAAAAAGUGAAGAGCUGACGGUGGCAGAUAAAUCAAAGAGUGGUAAGGCGAUGGGAUUCUAUAACAAAACAUUUCAUUCCGAAUCCAUGGACCUCACUGAUAAUGCAAGUGAUGGCGGCUGCGCAUCGGUUUCAAGUGGUUCCGCGGUAGGUGAGGCUGGAGAUAAAACAGCGCAACCCAAAGCGUUGACCGACGUAUUCCCAAAGCGGGAAGAGGAAAUGACAGUCGCUGACAAGUCAAAAAGUGGAAAAGCCAUGGGAUUCUUCAACAAAACCUUUCAUUCCGACUCCAUCGACGCCUCAGAUGGUGAUGACGAUGGGGUCCUUGCGGCAGAAUCAGGUAACCCAACCAGCAGCAUGACUGAAGAUGACAAAGUAGACACAUCUAAUGCUGUACCUGACGUCUUGACAGUUGCUGAAAAGUCUAAGAGUGGAAAAGCGAUGGGAUUCUUUAACAAAACGUUCCAUGAAUCUGUGGAUAUCCCAGACGACGAUAAUGAUGGUACCGGCGUGUCAGAAUCAGCAAUCAGUGUCAAUCAUCCAGCGGAAUGCGAGUCAAAGGAGGAACCUCAUGUGUCCGAGGAAGACACUUACUUCUGAGAGAAGACAUUAUGAAAUAUUGAGGAACUGUAGGUGUAAUUUUUUUCAUUUUCUUGACCCUAUUUUGACUAAGAUGAUACUCGUUUCAAUUGUCGCUCUCCUUAACAAUCCAUUGUGCAUAUCUGACUACUUUUCGUUAUUGGGAGAGCUUCCAUACUGUGAUAAUUAAGGUAAGAAACCCUCUUGUAUAUAUAUAUAUAUAUAUGUAUCUUUUAGCUUCAUUUUAUCAUUUAAAAACUGACUGUUUCGUCUGUCAUUGAUUGUAACAUAUGACAUUAAAUCUUAAGCGUUAAAAACGUAUGGAGGUAGGAAAUUACGGUAUGUGAGAAAAAAUGAGGUUGGAGCUGGACGUCUAAAUUUUCGACGGUGUAAUCAACUUCAUCGGUGGAACCUAAUUUUCUGUUCAUGAGCCCAUUUUUCAAGUGCCAAUAACAGCUCGUAGGGAAGAGCUCUUUUCCUGUUUGACACCUUCAAAAUAGAUACAUUAGGGACAAAUCAUCUAUUUAUCGC